CCUCUCUCUCUCUCUCUUCCCUGCACACCUUCACUUCCCCUUUCUCUUUCCCUCUUCCCCCAUUUCUCCACCAAUAAACCCCUGCAACACUUGAUCUUGAAGGAGAAUUAAUUCCAAGGACACAAAGCAGAGGAAAGUCCGGGUUUUUAACUCCCGGGUGACCCGAAACCACUUGGUCCGAUCUGGCUCUGGCUCCGCCUACCAUUUCCCCUGGUAGACCACUUUCUGGAGGGAGAAAGUGCGGAAGCUUACGGCGCAGAAAUGUACAAGAACCAGCUUCAGGAGCUGGCACAACGGAGCUGCUUCAACCUUCCUUCCUACACUUGCAUUAGGGAAGGUCCCGAUCACGCGCCGAGGUUCAAGGCCACCGUUAACUUCAACGGCGAGAUCUUCGAGAGCCCUCACUACUGCUCUACUCUCCGGCAGGCCGAGCACUCUGCUGCUGAGGUUGCCCUCAAUUCCCUCUCCAGCCGUGGGCCCUCGAACUCGCUGGCCGCUCGGAUUCUGGAUGAGACAGGAGUGUACAAGAACCUAUUACAGGAAAUUGCACAAAGGGUUGGGGCUCCAUUGCCCCAGUACACAACAUACAGAUCAGGCUUAGGACAUUUACCUGUCUUUACUGGGACAGUGGAAUUGGCAGGCAUCACAUUCACUGGUGAACAUGCCAAGAAUAAGAAACAAGCGGAGAAAAAUGCAGCUAUGGCAGCCUGGUCAUCACUAAAACAAUUGGCAAAAGAAACUGCAAGCUCUUCAUCUGAACAAGACAACAAUGACGAAUUAGAACAGAUCACAAUAGCACGGGCUUUACUGAACUACCGCCUGAAAGAAAAGAUGUCAAUGUCAAAUGCUAAUGCUCCAAUUCCAUUUCCAAAGAAGUUUCAGAUUCAAAAUCCUAGGCCAAGUAGCCCGCAACCUCGACCUGUCACCACAUCAAAGAUCCUUCCUUUAAUUUGCCAAAGGAUGUCACCUCGAAGCAGACCUCCACAGGGGGCAGCAGCCGGUGACAAUUCCAUGGCACAGACUUCUGUACCAGAAAACCGAGGGCCCCGCCCCAUGAAAUUCUCUGCAGCGGGAGCAGCACCAUAUGUCCCCAUACGACAAAUGAGAUCACCUUGCCGUGGAGUUGCACCUCCGGUGACUAUAAGGACUGCGGUUCCUGUAUUCUCUGCACCGCCACUUCCCCCAUCAACUGGAGUGUCCCAUCAGAUGAUUGGAGGCCCCUCUGUACAAGCCGCCCCUCCAGUCAAUAUUAGACAGGCUAUUCCAGUUUAUGCUGCUCCACCAGUUCGAAAAGAUGAACCUGCUCCGAUCCCAAAAGAAGAUCCCCUUACUGUAAGUGCCCUUAGUCCACAAGAUAGAGCGGCUGCUAAACCCCAGGAGACAGAUAAAGUGCCAGCUAAACCUCAGGAGACAGACAACAAGACUGAGAACUCCACACCAGAAUCUCAGAUAGCUCAGAGCUUGAAGCAGCUUAAAAUUUGAAGUUUAGUGGAGUAGGUCUGUAUUCAUGGGAAUGUUAUCCUGGUUUUGUGCUGGUCUUAUCUUUUUUUUAUAUAUUAUAAGAGUGAUGUUAUAUCAUCCUUUUUUUCCCCCUUCCGCCCUAUUUUGUCCUGUUAAAUGCGACAGUUGCCGCAGGUUAAAUUAGCAUCAGCAGUUAUAUAUCUUUUGAAAUUCAAGAGCA